GGGUUUUGGGUAGAAAUGGAAAGAACAGAAACCAUUUCUUUGGUCUUAGCCUUUCACGCUAAUUAAAGCGAUCAAAAAGCUGCACCGCCAGGAAUUCAAACUCGUGAUGGUCAUGAGAGCUCAGUAGUCCUAAGGAGGAAAUUUAAAAAAAAGUAAAAAAGAGAUAGAGGAGGAAGGAAAUCUGGUUAUGCCUUAGCACUCAGCCAGAGUCUGUAAGAAAGGUGUGAUCUGAACCAAACAAGAUGCCCAGGGGACAGCACUACCUAGAUGGCAACUUUGCUCGAGGGAAGGGACCCACCUCUCUUUCAGCGGAAGAGGCUGCAGGCAUUGGAAUUCUUGUUGUGAUUCUUACAGCUUUGCUGAUUAUUGGCUGUUGGUAUUACAAAAAGCGCAAUGGUUAUAGAAGCCUUCUGAGUAAGAAUUUUGGAGGGACCACUGGAAGGAUCUCGGAAGGCAAAAGUGGUUUGUUGGGCUCCAAAUUGCCCUUGCAGGAAUACAACAGCAACAGAAGCCAUGUGGUGCCUGAUGCCCCACCGGCCUAUGACAAAAUAUCCACCACCCUUUUGCCACUGCCAUAUGCACCAUGAAGCAGGAACCAUUAAAUCCAGUGCUUGAACGAUGACACACACCAUCUUUAAUUUUUAGCCACACCUCUCGAAAAAUAAUGCAUGCUGUUGCAAAUGUUUCUAGAAGCCAUUACUGCUUAAGAAAACGCGGCUGUUCCCAAUUGUAUGAGAUACCUGGGAUGCGGAUGCCUUUGUACCUGCGUUCCCAGUUGCCUUGAGUCCUUCAGUGUAAGAGAUGCUGUGAUAUAUUUUAUUCCAGGAGCUA